UUCAAUCUGUGAUGUUAUCAUUAUUCAAAGCAUUGAUACUCAAACCCCAAAGCUGCUUUGAGCCAGACAAAGGCCAUGGCUGCCUCUAACCUUUCAUGCAUAGCUUCUGGAGUGCUCAUUCCAUCUCCACCCACCAUAUCAUCAUCCUCCUCUUUUAGGUUAUCUUCUUUCGCCAUCUUCCCCAACAAUUCUAGAUCAUCUAGAUUCGUUAUCCGUGCCACCGUCGACGAAGCUUCUCCCCCAACCCCUGCUGCUCCCACCACCGCCGCGGCCACCGAAGAGCCCAAGCCUAAGCCUCCCCCUAUUGGUCCUAAAAGAGGUGCCAAGGUAAAGAUUCUAAGGAAAGAAUCCUACUGGUUCAAAGAUGUUGGAUUGGUUGUAACAGUUGACCAGGACCCGAACACUCGAUAUCCCGUUGUAGUUAGAUUUAGCAAAGUAAAUUAUGCAAGUGUAUCAACAAACAACUAUGCACUUGAUGAGAUUAAGGAAGUUGCUUAAGCUUUGAAUGUGCUUGUGUAUUUUUUGAGUUAAAUGUUUGUAUAAUACUUUCAAUUUCAAUCUAUUUCCCCUCUCCCCAUGAGUGUGUUUCCACCCAUAA